AAAAAUAAUUUACAGGUUUACACUCAUAUCUCAAAUGGCCUCUAUUUUCAACAUUCUCUCCAUCACUCUCUUCCUUGCCCUAGUUUACAAAGUUUAUGGAGAACAUUGUAAUUUGAGUAACAUUGAGGUUAAACAAACCAAAACAUCAGGCUCAGUGUGGAAUGUUACUGUGACCAACAACUGUAUUUGCACUCAAACAGAAGUGAAGUUCAAUACCAAAGGAUUUAAGUCAAGCACACCUGUUGAUCCAACAAUCUUUAGCCAAGAUGGUCUUCUCAUCCAAGGAGCAGCAUUUUAUGGAUUUCAAUUUGCCACCUUCACUUAUACUUCUGCUUCUCAGUUUAAAUUUAUACCAAUUUCAUCCCUAACUCAAUGUUCUUAGGAAUUAGAAUUAUGUUAGGAUUAUUUUUUAUUGUUAACCAAAAAUAAAAUAGUUACACAUUGUAUCAUGUUUUGAAACCACUUUGAAAAUAUCAAAU